UCUCUUUACCCCUUUUAUUCCAACACAGCCUCUCUCUCUCUCUUUGUCCCUCCGUCAAUGGAGAAAACCCUAGCUACUUCCAAUACCAAACGCUCUUCUCCGUCGCCUUCCACCGCCGUGAACGCACGUCCCGCUGGUUUCAAGCGCAGAACCAGACAAAGAUUGUCAGAUUCAAGGGAGAGUGUAAGAGAGAGCAGCGUAGAAGAUGAUGAUGAAGAAGGAGUGGAGGAGAAGAUUGAAGCUCUUCAGACAAUAGUUCCAGGAGGAACGGCGCUUGGAGUGGACGCGCUGUUUGAAGAGACGGCGAGUUACAUAUUGGCUCUGCAAUGUCAAAUCAAUGCCAUUAAAGUUCUUACUUCGUUUCUUGAGAGUUGUGAGAAGGAUGAUGAUAUGAAGUUUGGUGGUUGAAUGUUUAACAAACAAGUUGUAAUUCUCUCAAAUCGUUUAUAAGAAGAAGAAAAAACAGUCUCUUUUCUGUUUUAUUUAAUUAUUUUUACUUUAUAUUUUA